CCAUUUCAAAAAGACGGUGUAUGGUAAUGACCACUACCUUUAUCUCUAUAGUUUACCUUUUUAAUCUUGUAUAUUCUAAUUGUUAAAUGUUAUUUACUUAUGACAUAAGCUACAGAUAAUUUAAUAAAUCUAAGCAACACUGAUAUAAUAAACUGUAGCUAAUAAAUAUAAGUGAUAAGAUUUGGGUGCUUGGGGUCCGUAAAACCAAGUGCAUCCAGCGGUUACAGAACUCAUUCUCAAAAUCGUCAUCGCUUAAAUAUAGCUCUCUGUAUUUUCGUCGUUUUAAAAAAUCUUUUCUUAUGAAAUUUGUGAUCGUUUGAAAAUAAUAGUUCGAUGUUUGGUCGUUCAAGAACAAAGAGAAAGUCAUAAACAUUGGUCUCAUAGCUGUUGGUACUCAUUUGUGAGAUGUAUCUGCAAUUUUUAGUGAACUGUUGUUUGCCUUGUGGUUCAAAUCGUGUACUCAUUGUUUCGACCACGGACAGUUUAAUGGAUUUUUUCUUGUCCAUUACUGUUUGACUACUUCACUUCAUUCUACUUUACAGAAAUAAUAACAACAGUGGAUUACACCAUACAAAAGGAGGCAGAAUAGAAAUAUGCAGGAAUAAAAACUUAUAAGCUUUUAUUGGAUUCACACGGGAACCUUUUAAUAUCUUUAUGAUCCAUCCGUCAGCAAUGAUUAAUUGCAAAUAAACCAACCAGCGCAUUUUAAUUCGGUCUUGGACUGAAUAUGGAAUUAUUAAGAUUCUGUCUUAUUCAAUAUAAUUCUGUCGAACUAUCCCAGUUGUACUCGACGUCGAUCAAAACCAAUACAUUUGUACUCUAGUCGAUGAUUUAGUAAAAACCAAUGUCAAGAUUGUAUAUAUGGCUUUUCAAAUGGAAACUAACUAACGAGAAACUUACGGUCCAGGAUUGUGUGCUAAUUGUCUUCAAACAUAGCAUCACGACCAUGGCCUCUAGCCUGACGGAGUGGCCUGGCUUGCCUGAUAUGAUAACUCAGUCUAAGUUAGUUGGAACAUUCCCUUGGGUUCUACAGUACCAUGCAGGUUGGUUGGUGGGCGGUAAGAUUAAAAGCAGCAAAAUUAUAAUCCAUAGUGAAGUGUUAUUGUCAGUUGUUCGGGGGUAUGGCUUCACUAUGGUGUUUCAAACAACCAGCAUCUGCAGUGAUGCUGUCUUCCUACUGAGGUAUGAGGAAGUAGAAUAGGUCGACCCUAAAAAUAGUAAACCUCAUCUUGAUCUGAAGUUUUCCAUCUUCGGUGGUAAGGUUUAAAAAGUACAGAUCUGAUACACUUAAAACUACUCACAAGAAAGGUCAUGUAUGAUUAGAUCUGAGCCGUUUGACCCUUCGGAUCUAUAGGCUUACUCCUAAGUGAUCAGGAUCACCCUUAACCCCAAGAAACAUCCUUCUGCGAUGUGAGCAACUAAAUAGUGAUAACCGCUCAUAUACCUCUACUAACAUUGGACUGGUCAAAUUCAGUGUGGGAUCACCUAGACUAGUGGUCGUAUUACAACUGAAUGAAUAGAACUCAGAAGGGGUUUUGUGGAGAUUUAGUAUUUUCCUAGUUGAAAGCGUGAGUCAAUUGAAGCUAGACCACCAAGGAAAACCUGGAAGCACUAGACUCAAUUAACAGUUGAAGUUAGGCACUAUAAAAUAGGCUAUUAUUGAGUGAUCAAUCCAUGUAGAAAUAUUCAAUUCACAUGAGCUCACUAUAAUUGUUGAAGAUAUCUAACCUAAUCCUUUCCAUAACCGCAUAGAUUUCACUUAUUCUAAAAUAUAAGAACGAUCUGCAAUUUAUCAUCUCUCUCUUUCGCAGUAAGAGUUUUCCCUCUCGAUAGAUUCAUUUCAAAUUUUCUUAUCAAAUGAACUGUAAUUUUAUUCAUUCAAGUUUGGCUUUGAAACGAUCCGGUCGUGUUCUACUAGCAGAUGAUAUGGGUUUGGGCAAAACUAUUCAGUCGUUAGCUAUUGCAUCAGCUUAUUAUUCUGAAUGGCCAUUAUUAAUUAUUACACCAUCAUCUGUUAGAUUUUCAUGGAGAGAUCAAAUUAUUCGUUGGCUUGGCAAACCACUUAAUUUAAAUUUAACACAUAUAACAGUUGUUAAUUCGGGUAAAGAUAUUAUGGAUGAUUGGGAUUCGUUUAAUUCAUCACCAAUCACUAUUAUUAGUUAUGAUUUAAUGAGUCGUUAUGGCAAAGAAUUAUUGAAACGGCGGUAUGGCGUUGUUAUUGCAGAUGAAUCUCAUUUCAUAAAAAAUAUUAAAGCUGCUAGGACUAAGGCUGCGACUCCAAUUCUUAAGUGGGCUAAAAGAGUUUUACUCUUAUCUGGAACACCUGCCAUGUCAAGACCGGCUGAGUUAUUUCCUCAGAUAUCUGCAAUUUCUCCAAAUCUUUUCCAAGGUGGAUUUCAUGAAUUUGGGCUACGAUAUUGUUCAGCCAAAGAAUGUCCUUGGGGAUGGGAUUAUUCAGGUUGUUCCAAUAUGACCGAACUACAAUUGGUCUUGGAAAAGUCAAUCAUGAUAAGACGGGUCAAAGCUGAUGUUUUAUCACAAUUACCGCCUAAACGUCGUGAAUUAGUUGUUCUAGAUCCAAGUAUAAUUAAAAAAGGAAGUCUGGGUAGACAUGCUAAGACAAUGUUAGCUGACAAAUUAUCCAGUAAAGAGAAACGCUCUGCUUUAUUCGAAUAUUUCCAUGAAACUGGUUCAGUGAAACUUCCAGCUAUAGAACAAUAUGUUUUAGAUUUAAUCGAAUGUGGCCACAAAUUCUUACUUUUCGCACAUCAUACAGAUGUCCUAGAUAGUCUCGAUAAAUUACUUUCAGAAAAGUCUAUACGUUUUAUUCGUAUUGAUGGUCGUACAAAUUCUGAACAGAGAUCUGUUGUUUGUCAAAUAUUUCAAAAAGAGGACGAUUGUCGUGUUGCAUUGCUUUCAAUUACUGCAGCUGGAACAGGUCUUCAUUUAACUGCGGCCAAUUUAGUUAUAUUUGCUGAAUUGUUUUGGAAUCCUGGUGCAUUAGUUCAGGCUGAAGAUAGAGCAUAUCGAAUUGGUCAAAUGGAUUCUGUGUUGAUACGUUAUUUAAUUGCAGAACAAACUGCAGAUGAUUUCAUUUGGCCUCUUGUGGAACGUAAACUCGAUGUAUUGUCCAAAGCUGGUUUAAAUCGAGAAACAUUUCGAAUGGCUGAUUCUACAACAAGACUUGGUUCUAAUACACUUGAACAACAAAAAAUUCUAGAUUGUUUCAAAAAAGAAUUGAAUGAUUUUGAAGAAUGGGAAAAUGUUGAUACUGUAACAUCAAUAAUCAAUGAACAAAGUAACAAUACUCAAUCUCGAAAUAAUAAGAAAAAUAACAAUAAUAAUGAUCAUCAGUAUAAGGUUGAAACUCAAAACAAUCCUUUAAUGAAUCAAAUUAAUCUAAAUCAACCAAAAAUGAUCAUUAGUUUAUUUAAAUCAAAAUCACAAUCAUCAGUGAUUAAUAAUACUACUCCUAAUAAAAAUAAUUCAAAAAAACGUCUUCUUGUUCCAUCAUCACCUGAAUCAAAUCAUUCAGAGAUAUUUUCAAAUGAACUCAAUAAUGAUAAUAUUGAUGAAGAUGAUUUAAUUUGGGUUGAUGAUGAUGAUGAUUUUGUUGAACAAAUUGAUGAAUCUGAUAUAACUGAUAAUAAUAUUGAAGAAUUUUCUGGAAAUGAUGAAUAUUUAUUAUCAGAAGCUGUUAAAAUUGCUGAAGCCGUUGAAGUUGAUUGGCUUACAGAAGGUCUUAUCAAAGAAGAUACAGAUGAUAUUGAAAUCAAUCUAUGAUAAUAAUACAAAUAGGUUAUAAUUUUGUAUAUAAUAUCCAAGAGUUGAUUAUUUUUAUAAAAAAAAAAGAUAAUAACAUGAUUUAUUUCUUGUGGCAAACAUUAUCUAUCAAACUUUACUAUUAUUCUCAUUCUCAUCAUUAUUUUGUUGUGAAACGUUUACUAUUUGUUAAAUACCAUAAACUGUAAAUACAUUGAGUGAUUGAAGCCU